AUGGCUAGCACCUUCAACAAUGUCAAGGACAUUGAUGCAUCCCAUGACAACUUGACCUAUAGGAUCAAGGUGCGUUUGAUUAAGAUUUGGACUCUAUCUACGGCUGAGCAGAAAUUUCAAAAGCCAAUGCUGGAGCUGGUGGUCAUGGAUAAUCAAGGAGAUCGGAUCCAAUGUUCAAUUCGAAACCCUCAUAGGAGGUUAUUUGAGGCCGACCUUACCGAAGGGAAAAUAUACACUAUCUCCAAUUUUUCAGUUGCUCAGAAUGACCUCAAGUACAAAGCCACCAAUCAUGUUAGCAGAAUAUAUUUUAAGAGAGAUACCCAGCUUAGGGUGGUUCAGGAUCCUCUAUUCCUUACACAUAUUUUUUGCUUUGUGCCCAAUGAAGUAAUACUUAACCACACCAAUGCUCAGUCCCAUUUAAUUGAUUUAAUUGGGCUCCUCACUGCUAAGGGUGACAUUAUUGAAUUCACAAAGAAUGGAAAGAAGUCCAUUUACAUUGUCAUAGAACUUGAUGACCUGAGAGAAAAUGGUACCAUUCGAUGUACUUUGUGGGAAGAAUUUGUAACUAAAUUGGUAAAGCAUAUGGAAGAGACACCAACCUCAGAAUAUAUACUUAUUAUACAAUUUGCGAAGUUUAACCUAUUUAAAGGUACAAUGGGUAUAUCAAACACCAACUACAAUUCCAUUCUGCACAUCAACGGUGAUUUUCAAGAGGUAAAGGAUUUUCGCAAGAGUGUCAUAAUAUCAGGUGUACCUGCUACAACUCAAGUUUCUCAAAUACCGGGAGAGCCGACAUAUUCACUCGAAGAGGACCUACUUAACCAUUCCAUUUAUAAGCCCAUCUCCGAGCUGAAGGAUUCAAUUGAGAUUAAUAUAACCAAACAUGCAGAAUGGCUCUUUGUCACUAUUGGCACGGUUAUAUCCAUUGAUCCUAAGAAUGGGUGGUGGUACAAGAGUUGCAAGCAUUGCUUCCAUUCUUUACAAGAAGCCGAGAACUCAUACCACUGUGCUAGGUGUGAGACAUACCCAUCGUCUCACACUCCAAGGUUUAGCAUAAACAUGCGAGUUGCUGAUGAGACCGAUACGGCUUCUUUCCUACUGUACGAUAAGGAGGUGUCCAAAUUCCUUGGGUGGAGUUAA